AUGGUAAAGACAAGGAAUACUAAUUUCGAAGGGCACCAGUCCGAAGAGGAGCAGCAGUCCGGGGCCGAGACGGUUGAGGAGACAAACUUGACCGAUAUGGUACGCCAGAUGAAGGAAGAAAUGAUCGCCAUGAAACAGCAGCGAGAGAGAGAUGCCGCUGAGAUGGCCGCAUUGAGAGAAGAGAAUGCUGCUCUGAAAAACCAGUACCGAGAUCCCACACGGAAACCAUCUGAGACGACCCACACUCAGGGGUCGUUCCACUCGCUCGGCCAUCACACCUCUAUCCCCCACACCUCUGUUGCUGCCCCAGCGGCCCAUGCUUCGGGCAGCCGACCGACACAACCAUUGCCAGCCGGAGCACAUCGGCAUCCCUUUACCUCAAGUGUUAUGCAUACGACACUCCUUGACCAUUGGAAGUCAUUACCACUCGAUAAGUAUGAUGGUUCAACCGACCCUGGCGAGCAUGUCGACAUCUUCUUGACUCAGGUCACUCUCAGCACUACUGAUGAUGCUGCAUUAUGCCGAAUCUUCCCAACUUCGUUGAAGGGUCGGGCAUUGAGCUGGUUCACACGACUUCCGGCCAACUCAGUCGACUCCUUCAAUACAUUGGCAUCUCAAUUCACCAUUCAGUUCGCCACCAGCAGACCUCAUCAGCUGACCUCGCUCUCGUUGGUAAGCAUAAGACAAGAAAAGAAGGAAUCCCUUCGGACCUUCAUGAGCCGAUUCAAUAAAGCGGCUUUGGAGAUUCGAGACCUCAACCCUGCUGUAGCUCUGCACCACCUUACCACCGCCUUGAAACCGGGACCUUUCGCCAACAACAUCUGUAAGAAACCCCCAACUGAUAUGGAUGAUUUGCGUCGGCGCGCCGACAAAUACAUGCAAAUGGAGGAAUUAGCUGAGUUCCGUAAUCAAGCAAGGGCAGAGAUAGCCUCCAAAGCCGACAAACCAGCCGAGAACAACUAUCGGAGCCGUCCCAAAGAAACCGCUUCCCGCAAAAAACCCACACGAGGACCGAGGUAUUCUCAUUACACCCCAUUGAACGACAGACGAUCUGCUGUCUUAGAUCAGGCACUCGCUUCAGAGGUCUUGGCGGUGCCAAAACGAGCAUCAACCCCUCCACGCGCCGACACAACCAAGUCCUGCAAAUAUCACCGAAACCGAGGUCACUCAACUGAGGGGUGUGCGGCUCUUAAAGAUAAAAUCGAGGAGUUAAUCGAGCAAGGGCAGCUUCAACGUUUGGUCGAUCGGCCCCGCUCUCCCAGACGCGAUGAUCACCAGCAUCGUGGGGAACAACAUGGCCGAGAGAGAUCUGUUAGGCAUCCUCACAGGGAACGAAGCCGGUCGAGAGACCGAAGAGAAGUCGAGCCCACAACUCAACCCCGAAGGGCCAUCAAUACUAUUGCCGGUGGAUUCGCGGGCGGAGGAUCCACCUCCUCAGCAUAG